AUGGUGACUUCCAGUGAUCAUUCUUCAAGUUCCUCCGAAGAAUAUUCUGACACGUCCAAGCCAGAGAUGAAGAGCUCUGCAGAUGCACGAGCCGACGUAGCUCAGUAUCUAAGUGAUGCUGGAAAGCUAAUAAACUACAUGCCUUUGGAUCAUCUGAAAGUUUCUCGUGAUUGGCUUUCAAAGAGAGAAGCCGAAGUUGAAAAACUCGCAGAUUAUCAAAAACGACGCCGAAUUCAGCAGACAAAGCUAGCAGCCGAGGAUGAAAUUCAAUCUCGUGCUAACAAUGUGUCUUCAGACUCAGAUGCUGAGGAAAUUGAAUCCAUAUGGAAUCCCAGAGAACGCAGAAUUAGGCCAUAUCCUCCCGGUAGAGAAACUGAGCGAUUGGCUGAGGCUGAUUUUCGAGCCGAAUGCGAAGAAGAUGACUAUUUAGAUGCAAUGUAUGGAGAUCCUGAGGAUCAGUUAGAAGAAGUCCCGAAUAAAAACUCUGACAACGAGGAAGAGCUUAAGGAAGGUUCCAUGGAGGACGAUGAUCAUGAAGAUGACGAAUCCGAUGAAUCUGAUGAUUAG